UCAUUCCGAAACCCGAGAAUGGUUUGAAUAUUGCUCAGGUACCAAGAGGUGUCACUGGGAGGCAGGGCCUGCUGCUUCUCCAUGUCCCCUCCAGACCAGGCACUGUACCUUGCAGUGUCCCUCAUUUGCAUAUAAACAUAACCACAGUUCCUAUUGGGUCUUUAGCCCAGCUUGGGAAAAUGGCUGCUGUCUGUGGGGUCCCCGCUGCUCUCGGGUCCCUUCAACUGCCCGCCUUGUCCGUUGGGCUCCUGCCUCACCACCUCCUCUCUGUGUGUGGGGCCCCUCUGUAGCUGUCCUUCCCUCCCAGAUCCGGGGCCAGCCCCACAGCCCUGUCCCCUGUGUUCCUCCUCCAUCUCCAUCAGGAAGGGCCACCCCACCCAGGAGGUCCACCCUGCCAGCCCUGCCCUGCCCUGCCCUGCCCUGUCCAUCGAGUUGGUGUUUCCUGAGCUCCUUACAGGGUCUAGAGUAAUGAAAAGGACAGAUGUAGUUCCUGCCCUCAGGAAGCUUCAGUCUCAGGGAAGCCAGGCAUGAAUCAGAAGCACAGAGUGUAACAUUGACAUCGUGGAGGCUGUGCAGAAGGUGUCCUGCAGACCAUGAACUGAGCUGGUCCCAGACGUUCAUGAGCACAGUGUGAGGGGUGCCGAGACCCGCCACCCAGCAGCCUCUCCCUCCCUAGCACUGAGGACCUCCAGAGAAGAUGGGGAGGAAAAAGAUUCAGAUUCAGCGAAUCACUGAUGAGCGGAACCGGCAGGUGACGUUCACCAAGCGGAAGUUCGGGCUGAUGAAGAAGGCGUACGAGCUGAGCGUCCUGUGCGACUGCGAGAUCGCCCUCAUCAUCUUCAACCACUCCAACAAGCUGUUCCAGUACGCCAGCACCGACAUGGACAAGGUGCUGCUCAAGUACACCGAGUACAACGAGCCGCACGAGAGCCGCACCAACGCCGACAUCAUCGAGACCCUGAGGAAGAAGGGCUUCAACGGCUGCGACAGCCCAGAGCCCGACGGGGAGGACUCGCUGGAACAGAGCCCCCUGCUGGAGGACAAGUACCGGCGCGCCAGCGAGGAGCUGGACGGGCUCUUCCGGCGCUACGGGUCAGCUGUCCCGGCCCCCAACUUUGCCAUGCCUGUCACGGUGCCCGUGUCCAAUCAGAGCUCACUGCAGUUCAGCAACCCCAGCGGCUCCCUGGUCACCCCUUCCCUGGUGACGUCGUCCCUCACAGACCCGCGGCUCUUGUCCCCCCAGCAGCCAGCACUACAGAGGAACAGCGUGUCUCCAGGCCUGCCUCAGCGGCCCGCCAGUGCAGGGGCCAUGCUCGGGGGAGACCUCAGCACUGCUAACGGAGCCUGCCCCAGCCCCGUGGGGAACGGCUAUGUCAGUGCUCGGGCUUCCCCUGGCCUCCUCCCUGUGGCCAAUGGCAAUAGCCUAAACAAGGUCAUCCCUGCCAAGUCUCCACCGCCGCCCACCCAUAGCGCCCAGCUUGGAGCCCCCAGCCGCAAGCCUGACCUGCGGGUCAUCACUUCCCAGGGAGGAAAGGGGUUAAUGCAUCACUUGAACAAUGCCCAGCGCCUCGGGGUCUCCCAGUCUACCCACUCGCUCACCACCCCAGUGGUCUCCGUGGCAACACCAAGUUUGCUCAGCCAGGGCCUCCCCUUCUCUUCCAUGCCCACCGCCUACAACACAGAUUACCAGUUGACCAGCGCAGAACUCUCCUCCCUCCCGGCCUUCAGCUCGCCUGGGGGGCUGUCGCUAGGCAACGUCACCGCCUGGCAACAGCCACAGCAGCCCCCGCAGCCCCCGCAGCCGCAGCCCCCGCAGCCCCAGCCGCAGCCCCCGCAGCCCCAGCCGCAGCAGCCCCAGCCGCCGCAGCCACCUCAGCAGCAGCCCCACCUGGUCCCCGUGUCUCUCGGCAACCUCAUCCCGGGCAGCCCCUUGCCCCAUGUGGGUGCUGCCCUCACGGUCACCACCCACCCGCACAUCAGCAUCAAGUCCGAGCCCGUGUCCCCGAGCCGCGAGCGCAGCCCCGCGCCUCCCCCUCCAGCUGUGUUCCCGGCCGCCGCCCGCCCUGAGCCUGGUGACGGUCUCAGCAGCCCAGCAGGGGGAUCCUAUGAGACUGGGGACCGGGACGACGGACGGGGGGACUUCGGGCCCACGCUGGGCCUGCUGCGCCCGGCCCCUGAGCCUGAGGCCGAGGGCUCCGCCGUGAAGAGGAUGCGGCUCGACACCUGGACAUUAAAGUGACGAUUCCCUCUCCCCUCCUCAGCCUCCCCGAUGAAGAGUUGACAAUCUCACCGCCCACCCCUGUCCUGGGCUCCUCCCGCUCGACCCCCACUUCCUUUCUGUGCUCCUGUGUCCUGUUGACGGUUACAUUUGUGUAUAAUUAUUAUAUUAUUAUUAUUAUUAUUAUUAUAUUUUUUUUAAUUUGGAUUCUGGCUUUGGAGAGAGGGAUGCUCUCGUCCCUUCUUUCUCUCCCCCGCCAUUUUCACUGGCGGGGGCUCUCUUUUUUUGCGGGAAGGGGGGGACACUUUGCACGUUGUACACAUAUGCUGCAGGAAGGGGGGCCCAGUAGGCCUUUGGGAAAGGACAGGUGCCGAGCCCUGCAUUUGGAGCCCCCCAUGCCAUGCCCCAGACAGAGGGAAAGAACCAAAAAACUACCAUACAGCAAAACCCCACAGCAGGCUGGAGGCCGGGGGCUGCUGGUGUGUGUGGGGGCAGCGGGAGAGGCAGGGGCGCUCUGCUGGCUGCCACACGGCUCUGGGCACACGGGGCCCAAGCCUGGCCCCAAAAUAACCGACAUACACGACACCCUUUUGACUGUUGUGUGCUGCACCCCAAGGUCGUGGGUGGCGGCCGAGCUUCUGGGCUGGGAAGACUGCCUGGGAACCUGGGCGGGGACGGGGUAGAGGUGGCCUCUCUGGAAGCACAUUUGAAGAGAGAGACCGAACCAUGAGGAGAGGGCCGAGGAGGGCCGAAGGGCUGGGCAGAGGGCGAAGGUGGGCCCUUUCCCUCCCCCGGCUUUUUCCUCUAAGAUAAACAGUGCAAUAGCUCCCCAUCCCUCCAUUGACCCAGCCCUGUCCAGCUGGCCUCGGUGUGCAGGGAGACGUGGGGAGAGGACCUUUAGGGAGGUGGCUCCAGGACUGGGCAGAGUGGGGCCCUAGGCUUCCCCGGGGUGCCUGAGGGCAGGUAUGGGGAGGGGACUUCCUCUGCCUUGCACGCUUCCCAAGGAGUGGACACUGGGAUGGCCCAAGGGGUAGGAGGUCCCUACAGAUGGGUUCCAUCUAGAGGGCUCCUCCCGAUCCCUCCUGGGUCCCCCGCCCUCCUCAUCCCCUGCUCUUGGCACCCUCAUUGUCUCGCUACCUCCUGUCCCACCACCUCCAGGCCUGUCCCACCGUCCCUCUUGGCUACUGUAAUUGUAAAUAGCAACCUUUGGAAACGUUAGCGGUGUAACAGUCCAGGAAACUGUUUUGUUGUUGUUGUUGUUUUUGUUGUUGUAUUGAUAUGAAAUGAGAUUCUAUUUUUGUCAAAGUAUAUUGUAAUAAUAACGACUCAAAGGCCCGUACUGUACAGGCGAGAUUCUUCUGCUGUUGUUCUUGCUCCCUCCUCUCCCGUCCCCUCCCGUCCCCUGCCCGGUGGCCCUGCUCCACUGCCUCCUCGGUGGGGCGGUGGCAAGGAGCCCAAGGGGCACUCAGAGCACGGGGUCCCGAGACCUAGGGCUGGACCAGAUCUCAGCCUGGAGGGGCAGCCCGGCCGUGUCCAGCACCACCUGCCCUCAGGGGUGCCGCCCCACUCCUCGCAAGUCCAGGUCCCGUGGGGUUUCCUCCGGUUGGAGAGUAGCCUUAGACCAGGCCCAGUUUUGUGGUAGAUGACCCUCUUUGCCCCCCUGUGACCCAGCCUCUGCAGUAUUCCCACACUUGACACGGGAAGGAACCAGUAGCAGAGAGGAGUGCGUGACCACACGUGACCUGAGUGUUCUUGAGGGCAUCUGGUGUUUGUGUCUGAGUGCACCUUUGUGUUUGUGUGGGGGCGCGUGACUGUGUGGGUGGCCUUUUGUGUGACGGAGUGCAGGGCGUCCCUGUGUCUGCGCUGGCUGUGUUCACAGUGAGACAGGUGGCUGCCCUGGCUUCUGGCUCUGGGACCCUCACUCCCUCUUCCACCGCUCUGUCCUCCGCUCUGGGAUUGGGCAGCCGCCCCUUCGCUUCUCCCUGCGCCUACCUCUCCCGGGUUCCCUCCGGAGCCUGCGCCUCCACUCAGUCCCCACCUUGACACACGGCUUCCUUCAGGGAAUUCCCGCGUUCAGAGCACAACUCCGGUUCUCUGCCCCCCAAGGCUCUCCCCCAACCGAGCAGUGAUCCCUCCUGACCCACAGCUUCACCCCACCUGCUGACCACAAGGAUGUGGCACAUCCAGCCCCCCAGCCCCCCCACCCCCCACCCCUGCCACCCGAAGGUUCCCAGAGGGUGUUGCAAGAAUCAAGGAACCUGGGUCAGGGCCUCAAAAGAAGCUAGGGUAUAGUCAUGUACACAUGUGCUCCCAGAGCCUUGCCCACACCUGGCACACAGUAGGCACUCAGUAAAUGCUGAAUGGGUGAAUGAUAGGUGCUCAAUAAACGUCGAAUGACCUUCUCUUCUCAGGCUAUUCCUACCAUCAUCAGUCUGCCCACCUUUCUAGGUCAAGCUUGGCCACCAUUCAGUGCGGGCUGGGGUGAGGCCCCUGCAGUUCACGGUGCAAUAUUUAACCAGUUUUGCCCUCCGCCUCGGAAGGCCAAGCUGGAUUUUGAUUACCACGUGCGGAUGUGUGUGUGUCCUUUCUUCUCUGUCCUUGGCAGUAGUGGGUGGGCUGUGAGUGAAUAUGUGACAUUUCCAUAAUUCAAUACCCCCAAGUUCUCUUGGGGACAGGGGCUCCUGGCCAGCCAGAUAUAUGGGUCCCUGGGAACCCAGACCUCAAGUGGGACCUUUUCUUCCUUUCACAAGCCAAAUUUGCCUCCACCCACUCCCUCUGAAAAACCGGGCACUUGCCAAAGUAACCACUGGAGUCAUCCAAGGCCCCUCCCCUUCCCAGGUCUCCCACAGUUUUCAGGGACAGUGGGCAAGAGGACCGCCCCCACACCUCAGUGGAACAGCCUUUCCCCUCCCUGACACCGCACUCAGUGCAGGAGACCGAUCCCGUCCCGCCCACCCGCCCUCCUCACCUCGGACAGGAAGGAAGUAAUGCACCUUCUCUUGCUAAUUAUUUAUUUGUUUGGAGAGACAAAUGAUGUAAAAGUGUAUCUAGAAAUAUCUAUCUAUAUAUUUUUAACUGACUCUUUGGAAUCCCCUGGGGUGGGGGGAUAGGCUCUCCCGGAGAGGGACAGAGCCUGGGAACUCUCCCGCCCCCUCUGCCUCUGGCCCCCUCUGCCCUGCAGCAGUCAGAAGCUCUGGGACCUGUAGGGGGCUGGGAGCUGAUCCCUGGCAGUCCGGAUCCUCUUCCUCAUUCUGUCCCAGUUGAGAGGGAGGGGUAGAGACGAGGGAGGAAGGGAGGGGAGACGGCCAUGGAGGUGACCCACCCCCAAACCCGACAAUCACCCACACUCCUGGGGCUCCUUCCGGGCCGGGCAGGGCGAGUCCAAGUGUGCGGCUGUUGGUUUGUUUUGGAUAUUUCUUUCGUGCUGUACGGUGAUGCUUUCUUAGUAUUCUACACAAUAAGAAAAGACAGAAGUCCUCGAGAUUCUUAUGAGUUUUGUUUGAAAACUCUUUCACUAUAUUUGUUGUAAAGAGGUUUACUAUUAAAAGAAAAAGAAUACACGUUUCUGAUACUC